AGAGAGAGAGAGAGAGAGGCAUACUUUCACAGCUCAAGCAGCACUGCAGAUCUCUCUGUGUCAUGCUGUUCUUCCUACAGGAGGAGGUGGAGGAGUGUGAGUGAGGGACUUGUCUGGCAGCCAUCCCAGUCAAACAGUAAUACAGAGGCGGCCCGGGAGCCCCCCCUUUGUGAGCCAGUGGGUGUGUGACGUUACCGCUGAGAGGAGGGGCCCCCUAUCCCCUGUCUGGCCAAUCCUCAAACUCGGCGACUAGGUCACAUAAGAAUCCCCCCUUUCAGGUUGCCAUGGUAACGUGCACUGGACCAGGCAGCAUCUUGCUGUGGUGAGAAGGGAAGACAAGAAAGGAGAGAUAGAGGGAGGGAGAGAACGAGAACAAACCACAGACAGAGGAAUCACCUAAAGCUCUUCAGCUGCUGCACCUCUUCCCUCUGUUGAACGAAGAUGCUUGAGGCAGGGAGCUAAAGGCCUCACCAGAGCGGAGUGUGUGCUAGUGCCAGGGGCUGGGGCCUGACCAGAGGCCCCUGAGAGGGUUGCAGGUCCAUGGGGACCAUGGGGGAUCCUGGAGGCUUCACCACCACAGGGGAGCGGGUGAACCCUGCCCACGUAAUGUUUGACCGCUUCACCCAGGCCUCCACCUGUAAAGGCACGCUCAAGGCCUUCCAGGAGCUCUGUGACCAUCUGGAUCUCAAGCCCUGCGAGUACCGGAUCUUCUACCACAAGCUCAAGUCCAGGCUCAACUACUGGAAGGCCAAGGCACUCUGGGUUAAGCUAGACAAGCGGGCAGGCCAGAAGGAGUACAAGAAGGGACGAGCAUGUGUCAACUCUAAGUGUCUGAUCAUUGGGGCGGGACCAUGUGGCCUGCGGACGGCCAUCGAGCUUGGCUUCCUGGGGGCCAAGGUGGUGCUGCUGGAGAAGAGAGAUGCUUUCUCCAGGAACAACGUGCUCCACCUGUGGCCCUUCUCUAUCCAGGACCUCAGGGGCCUCGGGGCAAAGAAAUUCCACGGAAAGUUCUGCGCUGGAGCCAUCGACCAUAUCAGUAUCCGCCAGCUCCAACUGAUGCUGCUAAAGGUGGCCCUGCUCCUGGGCAUCGAGAUCCACGUCAAUGUGGAGUUCAAGGGUCUCAUCGAGCCCCCCGAGGACCAGGAGAAUGAGAGGAUAGGGUGGAGAGCUGAGGUCCACCCCAGGACACACCCAGUCAACGAGUUGGAGUUUGACGUCAUCAUUGGGGCAGACGGAAGAAGAAACACGCUGGCAGGGUUCAGGAGGAAGGAGUUCCGAGGCAAGUUGGCCAUCGCCAUCACGGCCAACUUUAUCAACAGGAACACCACGGCCGAGGCCAAGGUGGAGGAGAUCAGUGGGGUGGCCUUCAUCUUCAACCAGAAGUUCUUCCAGGACCUCCGGGAAGCCACGGGAAUUGACCUAGAAAACAUUGUCUACUACAAGGAUGACACGCACUACUUUGUCAUGACUGCCAAGAAACAGAGCCUGCUGGAGAAGGGAGUCAUUCUGCAUGAUUAUGCAGACACAGAGAUGCUGCUGUCUAGGGCUAACGUGGACCAGGAGGCUCUUCUCUCUUAUGCCCGCGAGGCCGCAGACUUCUCCACCAACCACCAGCUGCCCACUCUGGACUUUGCCAUCAACCACUACGGACAGCCCGACGUGGCCAUGUUCGACUUCACCUGCAUGUACGCCUCAGAAAAUGCGGCGCUCGUGCGCCGACGCAAUGGUCACCAGCUACUGGUGUCUCUGGUGGGGGACAGUCUACUGGAGCCCUUCUGGCCCAUGGGAACUGGUAUAGCCCGGGGUUUCCUGGCAGCCAUGGACUCGGGCUGGAUGGUGAAGAGCUGGGCCCAGGGAAACACCCCUCUGGACGUGCUGGCUGAGAGGGAGAGCAUAUAUCGCCUGCUGCCUCAGACAACGCCAGAGAACAUCAGUAAAAAUUUCAGCCACUACAGUGUGGAUCCCACCACGCGCUACCCUAACAUCAGCCUCCACUUCCUCAGGCCCAACCAGGUACAACACCUCAUUGACACAGGGGAUUCAAGCCGUGAAAUGCGUAUCGAAAUGGAGAAUGUAGUGACCUCGUCAACACCCAAGCUCACCCGAAAUGAGUCCAUCGCUCGCUCCAGCAAGCUGCUGAACUGGUGUCAGAGACAGACAGAGGGCUACAGGAAAGUCAGUGUGACCGACCUCACCAUGUCCUGGAAGAGUGGCAUGGCCCUGUGUUCCCUCAUCCACCGCUACAGACCUGACCUCAUUGACUUUGACUCCCUGGACGAACGGGACCAACAGAAAAACAACCAGUUGGGCUUCGACGUGGCCGAGCGGGAGUUUGGAAUCUCCCCCUGCAUGACGGGCAAGGAGAUGUCCCAGGUGUCAGAGCCCGACAAGCUCUCCAUGGUCAUGUACCUCAGCCAGUUCUACGAGAUGUUCAAGGACACAGUUCCCCCUGGGGCCGGAGAUAACCAGAACAUGAGCCCUGAGGAGAAGGCUGCGUUGAUCAACAGCACUAAGUCUCCCAUCUCCUUCCUUAGCAAGCUGGGCCAGAGCAUCGCCAUAUCCCGCAAACGCAACCCCAAGGACAAGAAGGAGAAGGAUGUGGAUGGUUUGGGGAAGAGGAGGAAGACUAGCCAGGCUGGCCAUUCUGAAGAAGAGGAGGUUUUGAGGGGUAACCAUGAUGACAGGCCGUCCAACAGUACUGCUCUAACAGAGAGGAAGAUGAAGGAAGAGACAGCAGCUGUAGGGAACCAUAACAAAGUCAAGUCCAUGGCCACCCAGCUCCUCGCCAAGUUUGAGGAGAAUGCUCCUGCAGAGUCCAAGGGCCUCAAACGACAGGGGGAUUCUCUGCCCAAUCUGGAUCUUCUUGUGGCACAGCCCCCUCCCCUGCCUCCUGCCCCCCUGGACCCCCCCAGGGAGUCUGUCUGCCUAGCUCUGGUCCCUGCAUGGAGACAGAAGCAAACCCAACAGCAGGAGCAGCUCAGCUUUGGCUAUAAGGAGAUGUUCAAGUGUCAGACCCUACCCAACAGAGGGGAGCAGCCAAGAAGCAGUACAGAGUCAACCUGUGGCUCACGGAGCUGCCCUAAGAAAACCAUUCUGCUCUCCUCCUCUUCCUCCACUUCCUCCACCUCCUCACUCUAUCUUCAUUUACAGAAAUGGAAACCCGUGCAGCUUGACGAGCCAGAGCCUAUUCACAUCCCUAGCAUUCAGGAGAGGUCUGCGAGAUUAGUCGCGAAGUUUAAGGGUAAACCUGAGAAACCGAAGGAGCUAGAGCUUCUUUGCUCUGAUGACCAAAUGCUGUUACAUAGCCUUAGUAUACAGGAAAGGGCUGAGCAGCUUGCCUCGCAGUUUCAAAGCAAGCCGACAAAGCCACAGCCUAAGAGAAAGCGCUCACGUUUCUUUAUAGAACAGUGGCACCUGUCACGCAGCCAUAGCCCAGAGAGUCCCCUCUCCUCCCCUGAAACGCUCAGACAGAGAUAUUUAAAGAUGUACACAGGGGGAGUAAGCUUAUUGGCUGAUCAGAUAGCCAAUCAGCUUCAACCUCAGGAGGAACCCAAGCCCUUACUUGACGAGAGGGAAUUGGUGGAAUUGGGUUCCCUGAGGAAGGAGUUUCCCCAGAACAUCGGGGGCAGUGACGUGUGCUUCUUCUGCCGGAAGCGUGUGUACGUGAUGGAGCGGCUGAGUGCUGAGGGCAAGUUCUUCCACCGUAGCUGCUUCAAGUGUGACUACUGCGGAACGACGCUUAGAUUGUCAUCCUACGCCUUCGAUGUGGAGGAUGGGAAGUUUUACUGCAAGCCGCACUACUGUUACCGCUUGUCUGGUCAGGCUCAGAGGAAGAGGCCAGCACCGACCUCUGCUCUGCUCAAUACAAAGGACAACCAGGCGUCCUUGCCCGUCAUGGUCACCGUGGACUCCUCCGGGAGGGGGGAGAUGGCAUCCCUGUCUCCCGCUGAGCGCCAUACCUCAGUCCCAGAGGUCAACGGGCUGCAGGAGCCCAGCCUGCCUAAGCGUCUGCGGGGCACGCCGGAGCGCAUUGAGCUGGAGAACUACAGUCUCUCUCUACAGCGGGAGGAAGAUCUGGAGGAGGUGCCCGAGGAGACGCUGGCUGAACACAACCUGAGCAGCGUGCUGGACAAGGACAAACACGCAGAGCUGGGCUCCAGCAGCUCUGAGUCUGACAUGGAGGAGGAGGACCAGGAGGAUGAGGACCAUGAGGAGGAGGAGCAGCAGGAGCCCCCCAGCCCCUCAGACCUGGGAGGGGUACCCUGGAAAGAGGCUGUGGAGAUCCAUGCUAAGCUGAAGACCGACAGCGACCCAGGGGCCGAGGGAGAGUACGGGGCUCAAAUGGUUAGAGACCUAAAGGUGGAGGAGGAGGAAGAUGAUGAAGAGGACGAUGAGGAGGAAUCGAGUGAUGAGGGGGAGUACUGCCCGUGGGAGAGGGAGCUCCAGUCAGGUGUAUGGCUGGAGAACCUCAAAGAUGAAGAGGAUACAGUUACAUUUAAAGCCAGAUACCUGCAGAUCCAGCAAGCGCUGCAGUCUGUGGAUCCUACAGUCAUUAAGAAUAUCAGAGGAGUCUCCGUGCUGUCGGAGGGGCCUCCUGCCUCAGCCUCCCAGCCCUCCUCCACAGCCCCCGCCAACACAUCCGCCCGUCAUGAGGCUGUGCGAGUCUGGUUGGAGUCGGUGUCUGGAGUAAUGGAUCAGUGCAUGUCUGUCUCUAACCACCAAUCAUGUCAUGAGACCUGUGAGGAUGAGGACCCGGAAGUAGAAGUUGGCAGCCAUGAUUUUGAGCCGGGCACCGAGAUGGAUCAGGAACAGCGCAAACUGGCUCUAACCAGAAUAGAAAGAGGAGUUGGAGGCCCCGGUGCACAACUGAGCAAGAGGACAAAAGACAUUCCCUCCGACGCAGAGGCUGAGGCUCUUCUACACCAGUCAGAGAUCAGUGAAGCGUUUCCUGAAGAGGACAAGAAGUCUGAAAGUCAGGGGCUCGCCUUCAGCAUUGAACAAUCUAGUGUCAGUCCAGUGAAGUUAGUUGGGGAAGUUGUGCUCUUGCCAGUCAAACCACCGACUCCACAGCCUGAUUCACAGAUGUCUCACCCCUCUCCCUGCCUGGUCAAAUCCCCUGGCAUGCACUUUUUCCCAGAACCUUUUCCACUGGAGGACAUCACAACACCACAGAGGACAUCUCAGACUCCCAAUGCCAAGAGCCCUCCAUACCUUGCCCCCACUAUGUCCCCCAUCUGCUCCCCUGUUUGUUCACCAGUCCAUUCCCCUAUCUGCUCCCAGCCUGUCCCACUGCUCGAAACCGUUACCACCAAAUCCCCUGUUAACUCUCCGUCAUGCUCCUGUCCCCCGACAGAGAACCCGCUGUCUCCCAUCUGUGCCCAGCCACUGCCCUGCCAAGAGCCUUCCUCAUCCCUCACCUCCGACUCCCCCGUCAGAACUCAGCCUGUCCCUGCAGUCACCUCCACACCGCUGGUCAAACCAGCCUCAUCUGACAGGGCUAUCCCCGAGCCACAAAAAUCCCUAGACUCAUCAGACCUGGAAACCCCUGUCAAGAAGACGGACAUCAUCGAGGAGUUCUGGCUGAAGAGUGCAGAGAUCAGAAAGAGUCUGGGUCUCACCCCAAUGGAACGUAGCAGCAGCAAAUCCCCAGAGAAGAGUCCUGUUACUCUGGGUAGGGUUCCCACCCCGGACUCCUCUUCGCCCAUGUCCUACACCCCAGAGGACAUGUCGGAGCAGCUUUCCCCCUUCACCGGCCGCUCGGUAAUCCGCAGGCUGAACAUUACAGUGGAGGGCCAGGUCAUCUCCCCUGUGGAGCCCAAGAGCAAAGCCACGGAUCAAAGGGACCUAAGUAGCAGCUCUGGCCUGGGCCUCAAUGGCAGCACGACCACCAGCCAGACCAGCCAGGCAGCCAGCGACAGUUACAACACCUCCGACUCCACCAUGCUCACCCCGCCCUCCAGCCCCCCGCCACCCCCACCCAACGAGGAGCCAGCCACCCUAAGGCAGCAGCAGAAGCACCAUGUCUCCUGGAACAAUGGGAUCGAUGACCCCACUACACCUGAGCCAGCCAAUGCAGCACCCACCAAGAUCAAGAGCCCUGUGCCUGUACCGAGGACCCAACUCAGCCCUGUGUCUGUGCCCAAGCCUGCCCCCAGGGCUACACUGGUCACUUCACCAAUCACAGCUCCGGUCAAUGCUCCUGUGGUGACCAUGAGACGGGAGAAGAGCAGCAAACCACGUCGGGAGGAGGUGAGGAAGUCAUUUGUGGAAUGCGUAGCAGAGAUCCCGUUUGCAGACGACGUGGAGGACACGUAUGACGAGCGGACGCCAGACACAACCAUGGACAGGUUCUACACCCCACCCACAAGCAGGCCCAACAGGGAGAGGGAGAAACCUCCUCUUCACUUGGCCCUGGCUAUGGAGAAUGGAACAGCCAAUUUCCCCGGGAACCAGCAGGCCUCAAAAAACCAUAAGGCCCAGCAGUUCUCCCCUGAGGCCAAGGAAAUAGCUGAAGAGCGGAUGAGAGCCAGAGAGAAGUCAAUCAAGAGCCAAGCUCUAAAAGAUGCUAUGGCCAAGCAGCUCAGCAAGAUGAAAGAGACGGACAUGGCAAAGGGCUCUGCCGCCACUGCAAAAGUGGUGUGGAAUGUGGCCUCAUCAGAGACAUCCGGAAAAAGUACUAAGAAGUUGUCCGGCUCGUCAAAGACAUCUGCGGUGAUUGCUCUGGAGUCAAAGAAGGCAGAGACUUUGCCAGAGCUUUUCUUCAGCAUUCAGGUUAACAAGAGUCUGGACGGCUCGACUGUCUCCUCUGACGGCUCUGCCUCGGGAGGCAAGAGCAAGAAGCGCAGCUCCCUUUUCUCACCACGCAAGAACAAGAAGGAGAAGAAACCCAAGAACGAGAGCCGUCUCUCCUACAAGCACGGUGCAGACGAGACGCCGUCGCCUCCCAAACACAAGUCCCUGUGGAAAGCAGUGUUCUCAGGGUACAAGAAAGACAAGAAGAAGAAUAAGGAUGACAAGUCGUGUCCCAGCACGCCGUCCAGCUCUACCACCAAUGACUCAGGGAAGAAGAGAUCAUCUCCUCUCGGGAGGUCAUCAGAUUUGAAGUCGCGCCGAAACCGGAGCUUCUCUGAGGACUCAGAUCUGUCAUGUGAUGAUGUGCUGGAGAGGUCGUCCCUGAAGUCUAAGGCAGAUUCUGUUUAUGUCCCUCACGCAUUGGCGUUCAAGAGAGAGUACGCCACAAAGAAAACCUACACAGAGGAGGAGCUCAAUGCCAAGCUGACACGGAGGGUACAGAAAGCUGCCCGGCGACAGGCCAAGCAGGAGGAGUUGAAGAGGCUGCACAGAGCCCAGAUCAUCCAGAGACAGCUGGAGCAGGUGGAGGAGAAGCAAAGACAGCUGGAGGAGAGGGGCGUGGCUGUGGAGAAAGCCCUGCGAGGGGAAGCAGACUAUUGGGGAGAGUCUAAUUACAGUGAAAUCAUGGACUUGCAUCUGGGCGUUGAGCCCUUUGUCGGGACCCCUCGCCGAAGACCUAUCUCCUUCUGUCCCUGCUGUUCCUCUGAAGGGAUGGGCAAAAAGGACGACCCCAAGCUCAUGCAGGAGUGGUUCAAACUGGUGCAGGAGAAAAACGCCCUGGUGCGAUACGAAUCUGAGCUGAUGAUAUUUGCACGAGAACUGGAGCUGGAGGAUCGCCAGAGUCGACUGCAGCAGGACCUGAGGGAACGAAUGGCAAUUGAAGACCACAUGAAGACGGAGGUAGAGCUGGCGCAGGAGAAGCACAUCCUGAAUGAGAUGCUGGAGGUGGUGGAGCAGAGAGACUCCCUGGUAGCCCUCCUGGAGGAGCAGAGGCUCAGUGAGAAGGAGGAGGACAAGGACCUGGAGUCUGUCAUGCUCUCCAAGGGCUUCAACCUCAACUGGGCCUGAGGAGGAGAGACUAAACUCACCAUCCACCGUAACUCAAAUAAUACACUACCCCUACUCUGUGUCAGGGCUCAGUGAAGGCCCAACCCACGGCCUCAUGCUCGGUCCCAGAUAAUCCAGUAGAGAAUGUGUGCAGAAUGGAGUUGUUCCAUUACAGCUCCUCUGUUGGAGCAGUCUAUAAUGUUUACAUAUCUACCCUGCCACCAGCCAGGCAUCAUUACCUCCAGUGAUAUCUCCCCUCACUAUCAAAUCACGGUGGGAGGAGCAACUACAUCCUGGACUGUCUCAGAACUUCAGAAGUUCUUGGAGCGGUUCUCCAGAAUGGGGAACAAUGUUUUAUUAUUUCUUUUAAUCUGAAACGCGCGAAGGGAAGAAAGAGGUUAGGUCCUGCUGUUGUAAAGGAAUUCAAUGUAUGAUACCUGUUUCAAUGUACUACAUGUGUAGAACACGACAUAUUAGCAAAGCGGGGGUUUUAGAUGAGCGUAGGCCCUUGACCUAUUGACUGUUACAGGGUUUCUGUGGGAAGGGGAGGAGUGGUCUCACUCUCAUUCUAUCAGUCUCAACCUAACCUCAUAACAUACUCUACUAUUGUGACUGCUGACUGGGGAGGGACAUCCUCUCCUUUAGCUGCCUUUCACUCCAAUUACACAUUGGGGAGCCAAUAAGGAUGAGACUCUAAAAGUCCCAUAAUUUUUUGCACACAUUUAUUCGCUUGGUUUUGAUAGAAAACCUGAAUGAACUGAUUUUGGUAUUUUCCGUGUUCACGGAGGAGAGUGCCUGAACUGGAGGCUCGACGGGUUGCACAUGUGCUCUCUUUAUAACAUUGACUGCAAGGAAAUCAACUCAAAACUCCAUCACCAAGAAGCCAUUGUGUAAUGGCUUGGAGUGGAGGCUGCUGCAGGCUCAGAAAAAUAUCCUGCGUUACAUUGUCUUUGACUCUGAAAGUUGUGCUGGUGUGAAUAGUUAACCUGUAGCAUAGAUUCAUUGACACAUGUACACUUCAGCAAGCAACCCACUUGACACAUCUCUUGGUGUCCUAGUUCUGAGCGAUCAUGUGGUUUCUCCAUACCAUGCCAUUCACCAUAAAUCACACUGAUAUUUCAUUUUACAAUCAGUAGCCCUUAUUCAAUACUAAUUGGCAUAUACCAUGAAAUGUCCUCAGUGUAGGUUAAACAGUGAAGAGAACAACGUUCGGGGCAGUGUCUUAUUGGGAUUACACAGUAUCAAUACAUCGUGUUAUCAUAAUACCAUAAGUGAACUGACAUCACUAACUGGUGUCAUGAGAGACUUGCGUCAGUGGAUAUGCUUCAAUAUGGAAGUUCUAAACCACAGAACUCUGGCUUCGCUAUCCCUGGGGCUGAGGUACAUUACCUGCUUUGAAGCAAGAUGCCCUUUUCCCUUCUGUUUUAAUAUUUUACUUUUCUUUUUAGGGUUUAAACUUUUAUGUAUCCCACCAGAAGUACAUUUCUACAUUGUGUUUUUUGGUAAAAUCCUUUCAUACAACUAAAGGUUGUCAAACAGCAGUUAUGAGUAGAAGUGGAGACAGAAAGGUUGCUCUAAACCACUUCUAUUCUGUCAGUCACAGGAGCAUGUGCUUUUGUUUGGCAUUUGACCUUUACUAGCCUUUCUGCCAAACUGUAAAUCUCUGGUUGGUCACAGUUUUAUAUAUUUUUCUGUAUUGAUAGAUAUAUACAUUUAGAAUUUGUGUAAGUAUUAAACGGAGCUGUGAAUACAAAAAAGUUACGUAAUUUCAAGGCUGGUUUAGAUGGUGUGUGAUAAGUUUGACAGAUUUUAUUGAUAUUUAUAAACAUGUGUGCAAAAAUGUAUCAUAUGUAAAGAAAAAUGAAUCCUAAUUUUUAAAACUGUAUGUUGACACACGACAAAUAUGUAAAUGCUGCUUCAUUUAGCCAAAAUGCAUAGGGUGUUGGAUGUAUGCUGAAACGGCAAUAAAGCAAUGCGGUUGUUCAUUUAGAAAC